CCCGACAGAGCGAAGCUUGAGCGAGCUCACCCCCCCUCCCCCCUCCCGGGCUCCCAAGAGAGUGCAAAGAUGGUCCGUAGCCGUUUUUGCUCAAGUGCGACUCCCGCGUCAGGCCUUUUUAUUUAACGCUGUUCUGCCCGUUCGCACAGGGAUGAUUCACGCCAGUGGCGGCAGCUUUGGCAGCGGUGGCGUGGGCAUGAGUCACCGCGGCGCGUAUGGCGGCGACGUGGGCUGCUGUGGCAGUGGCGCAGGUUACAGCGGCGCGUACGGCGGCGACGCGGGUUGUUGCGGCGGUUCGGCGGGCUACGGCUACGGCGGCGCCGGUGGCUACGGCCUCGCGGGUGGCGGCCCGCCCCAGACCCAAACUUACGUGGGGCCACAUGGCGACUACGUGCAGGAGACAACGUACAAGUAUGUUGGCAUGGGGGCCAGCGGCCCAGAAGUACGUUCGGAGACGAUUAUCUCGAGUAUAUUGCCCCUACCUCACCGUCGCCCCAACUGCCUUUGCUUCUGCCUCAUCCCCUUGCUACUGUCGCUGCUGUUGCUCCCGCUGCUGUUCUGGUUCCUGACGGGAUCCACUAGCACGACGACGACCACCACGGUUCUCCUCACUACUCCGCCACCGUUGCUGGCAAUGACGCCUCCGCCGGAUGUUCCGGCGACCACGACGACCAAGAAAACCACCACCACCAAGGCGCCUCCGCCCCCGCCCCCGCCGCCCCCGCCGCCGCCUCCGCCUCCCCCGCCACCGCCGCCCCCGCCGCCACCGCCAGUGACGACCACGGAGGCAAAGGUCGACUGCGCGGAGGGCGAUCCGCUAUCUUGGGAGGUCUCCAAGAAGGUCACCUGCUGCUUGCAGGCAGGCAGGGGGUGCCCUACGACGCCGCCGCCGCCUCCCCCGCCACCGCCCCCCCCGCCGGCGCCCGUGGCUCCGCCGCCGCCCCCUCCGCCGCCCCCACCUCCGCCGGCUCCUGUGGCGCCGCCCCCGCCGCCGCUGGCUCCUGUGGCGCCGCCGCCGCCGCCGCUGGCGCCUGUGGCGCCGUCCGAGCCUUACGACUGCGGCGCCGGCUACUCGAAUUGGGAAGCGGGGUGGUCUGCGGACAAGAAAGGCUGGUGCUGCUCCAACAAGCACAUCGGCUGCGGGGCGCCGUCUCAGCCCUACGACUGCGCGGCUGGGUACUCGAAUUGGCAGGCAGGAUGGUCCGAGGACAAGAAGGCUUGGUGUUGUGACAACGAGCAGAAGGGGUGCCCAGAGACGUCGUCUUUGCCGUAUGAUUGCAACGCUGGGUACUCGAACUGGGAAGCCGGCUGGUCCCAGGACAAGAAGGAGUGGUGUUGUGCGAGCAAGCAGAUGGGUUGCCCAGAAGUGUCAUCCAAUCCUUAUGAUUGUGACGCAGGUUAUUCCAACUGGGAGGCUGGAUGGAGCGAAGACAAAAAGGGGUGGUGCUGCACCAACGAGAAGAAGGGGUGCCCGCAGUGAGUUGCCAUAAUUAGCAGGUUCUUUGCUGGGCACGGUUGCGGACCGUGUAUAGACCAUGCGCGGCCUCACUUGUUAAUCGUGAGAGUCUGUUGAUCUUGCCGUCAGCCUGCAUGCGCGAAGCGCGAACACAGGCGGGCGAUGUAUGUGUUGGCUCGCAUCCAUGGGAGGCCAGGGGAGCGUGGUAAUCCAGGCCUCUCGCAUGCUCCAUCAGCGUAGGCUUCGAAAAGAGACCCUUUUCGACGCAUGCGCUAUGGCUACUGCUCCCCUCGGCAGACAAAGGUGCUGUCAGAUGGGGAGCGUGCUGGCAUUGUCGAAUCGGACCGGGACCACUUCUUGGUGCUGCGUGCCCACUUCAGCAGCCCAAGCCCGUGCGCAACCUUUUACCUGCUGGGCCGUCACUCAGCAGCUGCUCCAGUCAUUCUGGCAACGCGGCGUGGGGCAGCAUGUAGCAGCUUCAAGGGGCUGUACACUUUA